UUAUUCUGAAGGCGUGUCAACAAGAUCUGACCGGAAGUCGUUGGGCUUCUCUCUUGCUUGUAUGUUCUCGCGGUAACGCUUAGCUUCGUACACCAUUAGCUUCCCUUAGCCAACGCCGUCGUUUUUCAGCUUUUUGUGUCGACCUGGCCACCGCCAACCCGGAGAGACACGCCGAAGGCCGAGCGCCUUUUAUUCCUACGUUUGUUACCAGGCCGCCGAGGGGAGGGGGACCAUGCCGCACAACUUCCAGCCUGGAGACCUGGUCUUUGCCAAAAUGAAGGGCUACCCCCAUUGGCCAGCCAGGAUUGAAGAUGUGGCUGAUGGUGCAGUGAAGCCUCCGCCGAAUAAAAUUCCCAUUUUCUUCUUUGGGACUCACGAAACUGCAUUUCUCGCAGCCAAGGACCUUUUUGCCUAUGAAAAGUACAGCGAUCGCUACGGAAAGCCCAACAAAAGAAAAGGCUUCAAUGAAGGCUUAUGGGAGAUCCAGAACAAUCCACACGCCUCCUACAGUGCUCCACCUGUGCCCGCCAGCUCGUCCGACAGCGAGGGCAACAAUGCCGGCGGAGGAAGUGAUGAAGAUGACGACGAAGAUGAAGCUCCCGUGCCCAGGAAAGUAGAGUCGGCAAGCGAAGUUGACUCUGAUUCCGCCAGUGAAGACAGAGGAAGGGGGAGAGGGGUGAAGAGGAAGCCGCCAGCUAUUAAGCGUCCAGCUCCCCCCAAAAAGGCUCGUCCCGCGUCCACUGACAGAGAUGAGGAAAGCGGAUCUCCAUCAGAAUCAGAAGCCACCCCUUCAGAGUCUGAAUCUGGCAAAAACAGUGACCAGGAUUUUACUCCGGAGAAGAAACCAACUGGGAGAGGUGGCAAGAAAGCAGCAGCAGCAGCAGGCAGAGGAAAGAAAAAGAAAGAUUUAUCCAGCUCGGAUUCAGACUCAGGAUCCAGUUCCGAGAAGAAAGCGGCAGACAGCGACUCAGAGGAUGAAAAGCCCCGACCGGCUGUGUCUGGCUCAGAGUCUCAGUCGGGCUCCAAGUCUGACUCAGAAUCUGACCCGCCUCCGCGGAAGGCUCCACCGGCACGCAAAAAAGCUGCAGAGAAACCAGCACCAAAGCCUCGUGCACGGAAACCUAAAGCUCCACCUCCAAAACCAGCAGCAUCAUCGUCAUCAGACAGUGAUAGCGACAGCGAGCCGGACCGCAUAAGCGAGUGGAAGAAACGGGAUGAGGAGCGGCGGAGGGAGCUAGAGGAGCGACGGAAAAAGGAGGAGGCGGAGGAGCUACGGCGGCUACGGGAGCGUGAAAAGGAGGAGGACGAGAAGCGGAAAAGGGAGAAAGAGGUAAAAAAGGACAGUGACAGCAGCAGCUCAGAUGAAGGUGUCGACGAUCACCCGCUGAAGAGGUCCAAGAAACCCCCGCCGCCCCCGAUCCCAGCGCCAUCUGAUUCCGACUCUGCAUCAUCAGCUGAGGUGAAGAAACCAGCCAAGAAGUCAGACAACCAAAACAAAAGCCGACUAAAGAAGGCAAAGGAAAGAAGGGAGAAGGAGCUCAGAGAGAAGAAAGCCAGACGGUCCGAGGAGAAGGCCAGAGCCAAGUCCAAGCCAGAAAAACCCAAACACAAAUCAGAGAGGCCUCCACAGAAGAAAGUAGAAAAGAAAAAAGAACUAUCGCCAGAGGAAAAACUUCAGAAACUCCACACAGACAUCAAGUUUGCCCUGAAAGUGGACAACCCUGACAUUGAGCGAUGUCUACAAGCCCUGGAAGAGCUGGAAGCAGUGCCCGUCACCAGCCAGAUCCUCCACAAGAACGCAGACGUCAUCGCCACGCUUAAAAAGAUUCGUCGGUAUAAAGCCAGUUCGGCAGUCAUGGAGAAGGCCAGCGAGGUGUACAACAAGUUAAAAGUUCGUUUUGUGGGCAAACCAGAAGCGGCAGCUAAACUGAAAACAGACAAGGAAGGAGAGGUCAAUGAGAAGGAGACACAAGACACAGACUCUACUGCUGUGAAUGGAGAGUCGCAAGAGAAAAAAGUUGAAGAUGGGGAGGAGAAUAGAGCCGAAGCUGACAGCAACAACCACACCAAUUCCAGUCCAAUCAGGCGGAGCCCAGACAGCCCAGAGCAGACCGAUGAAUACACCCAAGCAAACAACAACAAUAUUUCAGCAGCGAUGGAGGCAUCACCUGCUGAAAGUUAAAUAAAAGACCCCCCUUAACAACCACUGCAGUGAACCAAGUGCUAAAGAUGGAGGACAGACAUAAGGCAACAACACUGCGACACAAUCAUCACCGUCUGCUAUACGUUAGUGUCCAUGCGUUGGACAUUUUCAACUAUUGACACUGUCAGUACGUACUUAUUUUUGCAUUUUUUGUCAGUGCAGAGAUUAAGUGUUCCUAUUGUCAUAGUUUGUGUUGCACAUGCCAUAUCUUUUAAAGGAGAAGUAAUCACGCAACUUUUGGGGGCAAGAGUACGUUGUAUAUGCCACUACUAAUCAAAAGUAAGUAUUCUGGUUAAUAUUGGAUUUGUGGAAUAAGAAUUAAAUACUGUAGAAUAAUUGAUCAACAAUCACCAACCUAAGGGCAUUGCCAUUUUAAGCAAUAUUGCCCUCUGCUGGCGACCCAAAGGAACUUCACAAUCACCCCCCCAAACUUUGCAUAUGUCGUGACCAAACCCAUAACCCCGAUUGACAGAUUCCCUGUGUAUUUUGUGAGUUGCUGACAUGAUAGUUUGACCCUGAGCUGGCUAAAAUGUAUUCAAACUAUUAUGUCAGCAACAUACAGCAUACACAGGGAAUCUGCUGAUUACAGGUUCACAGACUACCUGUGUAUACUUCCAUCAGCUGACGUACACAGCCGUCGCAAGGAAACUGACAUCAUGCCUACCCCAUCACAUGACCAAACUGGGAAUUAUACACAGGGAAUCUGCAAACCUAUUUUUCAGAUUUGGUCACAUGACAUAUGCAACCAUUGCGCGUUUAGUUGUGAUGUUAGUUUUCAGUCACGAGGAAAGGGUGAUAUUGCCUAAAAUGGCGAUGCCCCGAGAUUGCUGGAAUUGAAUUAUUCUGAUUAAUUCUUAUUCCACGAAUGCAAAAUCAAAAAGAAUGCCAUCUUUUGAUUAGUCGUGGCUCAUGUGUAAUUGUUGCAACAAAAAAAAAAAAGAAUUGUGGGUCGCAGAAAUGUCUUCUUACAUCACUUGGUCCUGUUUGGUAAUUGUUAAUUUUUUUACCUCUGUCAUAUUGUACACAAAUACGAUGAAUACAUGCACUUGUGAACUCCGUAUGGGUCGCCGAAGAUAUGCUUUAUGAAUUUUGAAUCUUGAUGAAUUUUUCACUUUGAUGCCCGGAUGUCUUGUCGGCUUCCUUCCUUCCUUUUUUUUUUUUUAUAAUAUAUAUAUAUAUAAAUGCUAAAAAACAUCACAAAGAGCACCUGUUGUUUGUAUUUGACAUUUUGAGAGUGGUGAACUUGUCUUAAGUUUUUUUUUUAAGUGUAUGUCAAUGAAAAUAGUUAACAGGUCUGCUGACUUCUUAUAGAUUUGUUUUCACAUAUUUGCAAAAAAAGAAUUCUGUGGCAUUACACACACGCAUUGUCUCGCUGUAAUGUCUGCUUCUGAUAACCUGCGUGAUGUCAAAACGACCCGGCGAAAAGUGUGGAGAUCUCACGUAGCUGCCCACUGAACUUAAAUAAUUCAAUAAUAAACAAUACAAACGGCGGGUGGUAUAUGGAAGCAUUUCUAUCUCCUUAGUUGAGACUUUAAUAAAAAGCCUCUGCAUGGUUUUGCUCUUUG